AUAUCCAUCCUCUUUUUAUAGAAGUUUUAUUUUAAAACGCAUAGAAAUAACAUUGAGCUUUUUUAAAAGUGAAAAUUUCCUAUAUUAGAUAUCACAAUUUAUAAGCCUUGUCUUUUCUUUCCAAAGUUCAUGUAACAUUUAGCUGGACUCAGAGCAAAAGUGGCUCUGGGGGUUGAAGACCCCCAAGUAUAGAAGCUGACUGUUCAUAGGGUGCCGUAUCAAAGUGUAUUAUUGGAAAGGCAAGGGGAAGGAAAAGUGUGAAAGAAAAAAUAUACACAAGCAACCAGGACAAACAGAAGAUUAUGAAGUAAAAUAAAGCCCAUUCCAGAGUAAGAUUCACAAAGGACAGACUGAGGCUGGGGACAAUUCUUCAAGAGUCGAAACAGGUAUUUUCACUCUGUUUUUUUUUUUCCAAGUCCCCACUUAAAAUUUGUGGGGUAUUGAUUAGACGAAAAUAAAAGAAUAAUUGUACUUUUUUAUAUAAUAUUCUUAUAAACAGACGUACUUGAAUGUAAUAGCUUUUUGUGUUUUUACUCCUUGUGGAUUUUAUGUAUGUGAAACUUUUCACAGUCCUACCAAAAUGACUUAAGUCUUUUAUAAGGAACACUCCCUAGUUAACUAGUAUAAAUUUAGAAAAAAUAUAGUUACAUUAAAGAUAAUUGUUGAAAAUAUUGUUUUUGGAUUAUUUUCUAUCCCCAAAGCAUAAACACUACUUUUAAUUGUUGCUCCUUGGCGCCAUCUUUGGUGGAGGCGUGUAAACGCACUUCGGAAGUUCAGUCAAACAUGGCUGCUCUAAAGAAAACGCUAAUCGCUGCUGCUGUUGCCGCUGUAGCUGCUUUUUUCGGCCACGCAUUUCUUAAAAUACAGAGGCUGAGUCUUGCCUCCAGAGAAAUGCCUGUCAAGCAUCUCAAGUGUCGUUAUUUACCCUAUAUAGAGUAUGGAGCAGAAGAUAUCACUAUACUUAAAGAUGGACUGGCCUUUUUGAGCACAGGGCUGCAUGAUUAUCUUGGAUUGCCUUCGUUCUCCAAUGAACCAGGAAAAAUGUACGUUCUGGAUCUGUUGCACCCAAAACCGACCCCAGUGGAACUGCAAAUCAAAGGAGGACUGGACCUCAGCUCUUUCAACCCGCAUGGGAUUAGUGUAUACACGAAUGAAGCAGAUGACUCUAUAUAUCUGUUCGUUGUCAAUCAUCCUCAGCAAAAAAGCCAGGUAGAGAUCUUUCGCUUUGUUGGGGAGGACACACUUGUGCACUUAAAGACUGUUGCCCAUCCUUUGCUGUUCAGUGUGAACGACAUUGUCGCCGUUGGACCAGAGCAUUUCUAUGCGACAAAUGAUCGUUAUUUUAGUUAUACACUUCAUCUGCUAACUGUCAUCCUGAGUAUGCCCUGGUGUAACGUUGUGUACUACAGCCCUGAGGAAGUGAGGGAGGCAGCUGGUGGCAUUCAGUCUGGAAAUGGGAUAAAUAUAUCUCCAGACAAAAGAUAUAUUUAUGUUUCUGAUAUUCUGGACCAUGAGGUGGAUGUUUUUGAGCGAUUAGAUGGAGAACGGUUGGUGUACAUUAAGUCUGUUCCAGUUGGAACACUUUGCGAUAAUAUUGAGGUGGACCACAUGACAGGUGACGUCUGGCUGGGCUGCCAUCCGGAUGCCACCAAAUUGUCCAAUUUUGAUCGUAAAGAUCCUCCUGGCUCAGAGAUCAUCAAGAUCAAGAACAUUGUCUCAGAUCAUCCAGUGGUAACCCUGGAGUAUGGAGACGAUGGUCAUGAGCUGAUGGGCUCCACCGUUGCUGCACCUUACGAGGGGAAGCUGCUCAUCGGGACAAUCUUUCACAAAGCCCUGUACUGUGCUUUGAAAUAAACUGACCGCUAUUUAUCCAAAAACAUAA